AUCAGGCUCGCCUUCGAGUACGCCAUCACUGCUGUCGCCUGCGGAGAGGGACAUCGGUACCCUUGCAUUCCAAACCUCGCAUGGCGAAUCUCAGAGGAGCCGGUGCAAGUGACAACAGUAACAAUGAAAGAAGAAACACUUGGAUCAAGAUGGGAGGCGUGGCUUUGUUGCUCUUGGGUGUCGUAGUCGUCGCUGUCACACUUGGCCUCGAGCGUAGAACGGACAAGAGUACCACGCCCGUCGCCUUCGAAGGGCCUGAGCCUAGUGCGUCCACCGUCCAGCCUGCUAUUGUCACGGAGUCCUUGGCUGAGAAUGUCAGCAAGAACGACAAAGAAAGUACAACGAAACCCCUCGCGGAUGAUUCCUCAGAAACGCUCGUCGAUCCUGCGUCGACGACGUCCUCGACGAGCAAUACUGGCAACGCAGGAACAUUUUUUGAAAAGGCCGACGAGGUGACGACGUCGUUUGGGAACAAGCUUCUUGGCGGAGCCGCAUCCUUGGCUCUGGCUGUUGGUAGUGGAAACCAAGAUGCUUGCCGGGUCGCGAAUGCGGGAGAGCUGGAAGAUGCAAUCGAACGCAAAACGUGCGCCGUUGUGAUCCUGACGUCUUCCGAACCCGACGCGUACGUUCUGGAGCGUGAGAUUGUGAUCUCACGCGCGGUUGUAGUCAUGGGAAACAGUGUCAUGCUCCCCUUCAUCGACUGCAAGGACAUCGUGCGAGCCUUCCGGGUGGUCCCAGGAGGGUUCCUGGAUCUGCAAUUUGUCCGUAUAAAUAUCGGUAAAGGCUUCGUGCGUCCCCGCUGGGGCUUGUUCCGCAAGCAAAAGACGCGAAGGAACUUGCGUGGGGAGGAAAUUAUCUUGGACGAGGAGGAGGACGAUUGGCGCGAGCCUCGAACCAAGGAAGAGCGGGAAAUGGUCCGGAACUUGCAGUUAGGAGGACAGGCUGCCGACGCAGAGCCUGGGGAAGUGAUUGACAUUCGCGGCGGCAGUGUUUACUUCGAGCCCGGGGCGCUUGGCGGGACCUUCAACGGGAUCUACUUCACGUCUGACCAAACCGAUGUGGAGGACAUCAUGGUCGCGAUCGAGCAGACCACGAACCUGAUUGGCAUCCGGAUCUGGGGCGGACACGUCCUUGUCGCCGACGGAGACGUCUCUUUCAAUGCGUGUGUCUUUUAUGACUUGGAGCUCCUGACUCCGCUGAGCGACCGAAUUUAUUUCGGGGGAGAUGUCCUGGUGCUGGCCGGGAUGGUCCGGUUCACAGGAUGCCAUUGGUUCUACUUCACCGUUAUCGGCGCGGAGAACGGUCUAGGCUUCAACACGGCCGUCUUUGGCGGUGUAGCUAUCUACACGGGAUGCUCCUUCCAGGAGGCCAACGCCGUCUCCGCUUUCAAUGGGGUGGGCCAAGCCUUCUUUGUAGGAGGAGGCGUGCAAGUCGUCACCGGCUGCAGCUUCUCCUAUUUCUCUGCGGUGGAGAUCUUCACGGGGACAGGGGAGUUGACCGUCCUGGCAGGUGUGCAGAUCAUCACAGGCGUGCCCUGGUCCGAGUGGUACGGUGUCUUUGCCUACUUUGGGGCUGGUCUUGACUACUGUGUGGGGGCAGGCGUGCUGAUUUUGACAGGAGCCCCGCUGAACCAGUGGAGCGGGCCCAUAUGGGGCAGCGUGGCGGGCGACUACUUCUUUGUGGGUGCAGGUACCUUCUCCUCGCACGGCUCCCCUGUCGCUCAGUACAUGUCGAUCGGCGGGGAGGCCGGGAGCGGGUGCUUGGGCUACGUGGCCACGGGGACGGCUGUCUUGAUCGGGGCACCAGUCAAUGAUUUCGCAGGGAUCUGGACGACGUUUGGGAUUGGAGAAUACUACGGUGUCUCGGCCGGGCUGCUUGUCAUGAUCGGGUGCCCUAUGCUGGAGAUCACGGGGAUUGAGUUUUUCCAAGGCUUAGGAGGGGCGAACACGAGGAUCAUGACGACCAUGACGAUCACGAUGACCACGAUGACCACGAUCAUGUAG